AUGGAUCCUGCAAUCUACUUCAGUAUCGCAUUCCUAACCUCUCUCUGCAUCAUCUGGCUAUGUUUGCAAUUAUUUGGACUCGCUACCCAUGUAUGGGGCCCAAUAGAGCGUUGGCUUCGAAGGCAUAUCAUUCUGCCACAAGUUCUUGACGGCCAAUAUUUGUUCAAUCCCACCCGCAUAGAGGUCAUUUGCUAUGUACUUCACUGGACAUGUAUGGUUGUAUUCAACACAUACAAGGUCUCGAAUGAACGUGAAGCUGCUUCUAGGGCGGCCUACGCGACAAUCGCCCAUCUCCUUCCUCUUGUCUGUUCGGGCCAAUUGAGCUUCGUCUCUUACAGCUUCGGGAUUUCGGGAUCUGUAGGCCUUAGCUUCCAUGAAGCCUUUGGUUGGAUGGCCGCCGUGCAAGGAGCUGUGCACAGUAUAAUCGAACUACAGGACAAAGGUCAUUGGACCGUGCAGACGAAGGCUGGCCUUGUGGCACUCUGCAGUCUCUUAGCGUUAUCGUGUCUGCCAUUUGCAAGGAGCCUUGCGUACGAGAUAUUUCUUGUUACGCACCAAUUGCUAGUUAUCACCUUCGCACUAGCUCUAUGGCUUCAUGUCCAACCUCUGAAUAACAUAGUCCGGCGGCUAUGUUUCAUUGCAUUGCUUCUGUUCAUUGCGACUUCAUGCUACAGAUAUGCGAGGCAAAUUUACGGAAACUUUGUCCCUAUUCGCAAACGAAUGAGACUCAUCGAAAUUGAAGAAGUCCGAAAGCAAGAUGACUCCUUAAUCCUUGGACUACAUUUGCCAAGGAGCUGGAGAAUCCGCCCUGGCCAGCAUUUGUACCUUACUGUUCUUGUCUUCAGGAGUGGAUCGAUACUGCAGAGACAUCCUUUCACUGUCACAUGGUGGAAUGCGUCACAGGAACCUCGAAUGUACUUAAUGAUCCGUGCGCAACGAGGAUGGACAAAGAGUAUAUUGGAUCGCCCCGAUCUUCUUAAGUCUCGGAAGGUGUGGCUAGACGGCCCAUACGGAAUGCCAGUAUGCCUCGAAAACUACGGAACGGUCAUUCUCUUCGCGUCAGGAGAUGGUAUCUUUGCGCAGUUGCCGUGUCUGAAGGCGGUCACAGAGGCAUGCAAAAUAUCAAGAGCAAGAACCAGGAGAAUCAAGCUUAUCUGGCUGACGAAUGAGUUCAACGAACAGCUACGGGAAUGGAUUCAGACUAUCCUCGAUGACGAAGACCUACACCCAGAUCUUCUGGAUUUAUGCAUCCACGAACCAAACACCCAAAUGUCUUCCAAGGUCGAAAGUCGUGGGAGAAGAGUGAAAAUAGUCCAUGAUGUACCGAAUGUGAGGAGAUACUUGCAAUCAGAGCUUAACCAUCCGGAGACUGAGAUAGCGGUCACUGGUGAGUCUCGGCAUAACCACUACUCGGCCAUUGCUGACGAGAUAGUCUCUGCAUACCCAGUGCUGCGCCAAAGCGUGCGAAACGAAGUUCUUAAAAUCAACAAAUUCCAGAUGCGGCUCUUUGAGUUGGACUACCAACCGAAUGAUAAAGAUCAGUACGAUAGUGGUAUCUCCGCUUGA